ACGGUAAGCAUCAAAUAGAAAUGUUCUUAUUUUUAGCGUUUGUGAUAAAUGUUUUUUAUUCUGGAAAUUGUAUAAUUUCUGGGAAAAUAAAAAAUGAUCCUAUUAAUUUAAUUUGGGAUUUAACGAGUUAUGCCGUUAAAAGUAGGCAAUUAGAAAAUAAUUAUGUUCCAAUGAUUCCUUUGGGGAACCCUCAAAACAUUCUGGAAGCUAUGUUUUCGAUAGCACAAAAUGAUGAUCACCUUUGUGUGCCAAAACUUUUGUGCGAAAUCACGUCUGGAACAUUAUCUUACGGGAGACAAAGUUUUUUGCCUCAAUUUAACAUGGAAUCGAUUCUCGAAGCUUUAUCAAGUAUUGAAACAAUCUCGCCCAUCAUUUUAUUUGGUAGGGCAGCUUUGCUUGGAUAUAAUUCAAAGGGAGACUCAUAUAGUUGUGCGCAAGCUUAUCCAAAAUGCCCAAGGGAUCCAGAUCUGUUAUUAAAUUAUUUAAAUAAUCAUAACGGAGGAUUUUUUCGAUUUUUUAAUGGAUUGCCACAGCAACAUCAAAAUGAUAUAGUUGGAUUUAAUGGGGACCAUUACGGGUUCUUCCCCCAAAAAGAGAAACAUGUGGGGAGAAAUUUAAUUUUUCCAAACAAUGAAAUAACCGAGAAUUCUUUGGAUAUACAAAAACCUCUACCGAAUCAUAUCCCGAGCAGAACGAUAUUUCCAAUAAGAACAGGAACCGGCAGCCUUGUCAUUGACGAUUAUGAGAACGAUCGAAAUAGUGGUUUUGUAAAGUUUGUAUAA